AUUAUUGUAGACUUAUGACAUGUAUUAUGUUUGCCAACUCCAUAUCUUUUAAUUAAUUAAUGUGGAGAGAGUAAAAAGGCAAGCAACUACUCUUCAAUUCCCCACUUCUUCUGCUCCAUUGAUUCCACCAAAGCUCUAAAGACCUUAUAAAACCCAAUCAUAAAUCGCUUUGCUCAUUCACCACCAAAGCAUCGAAUUUUCUUUGAUUCCACUUCCAAAGCAACACAGAAGAUUAAAGUCUCAAGAAACAGGUUAAAGAGAAAAUGAAAAACGAAUCUACCACCAUUGAUGUCCCUGCAGAAUCCAGCUCAGCUAUGAAAGGCAAAGCUCCUCUAAUCGGUGUGGCUAGAGACCAUACCACUAGUGGCUCAGGUGGAUACAACAGAGGUCUCUCCAUCUUCGACUUCCUCCUCCGUCUAGCUGCCAUUGUUGCAGCUUUAGCCGCUGCUGCAACUAUGGGAACAAGCGACGAGACUCUUCCAUUCUUCACACAGUUCUUACAGUUCGAAGCUAGCUACGAUGAUCUACCAACUUUCCAGUUCUUUGUGAUUGCCAUGGCCCUAGUAGGAGGAUAUCUCGUUCUGUCUCUCCCAAUCUCCGUCGUGACAAUCCUUCGCCCUCUCGCCACCGCCCCAAGAUUACUCUUGCUCGUUCUUGACACUGCGGUUCUGGCUUUGAACACGGCGGCUGCAUCAUCGGCAGCAGCAAUAUCGUAUCUAGCGCACAGUGGAAACCAGAACACGAACUGGCUCCCCAUUUGCCAACAGUUUGGGGACUUCUGUCAGAAAUCCAGUGGAGCUGUUGUCUCUGCCUUUAUCUCCGUCGUAUUCUUCACCAUCCUCGUUGUCAUCUCCGGCGUCGCUCUAAAAAGACACUAAUCAAAAACCUUAUAUACAUGUGUGCUCAUCAUUAUUGUAAUAUAGUUAUUGUCAAUUAUGUAAUUACUCAUCCUACCUUGUGUUUCAUUUUAAAAGGAAAAUGAAAGUGUGAUUGUAGCUCUGCUUUUGUGAAAGAAAAAAAAACGAAAUGAUUUUUCUCAAAUUUCAUCAAGAAACGAAUUAUUAUGAGAUUAAAAAUGUCUCCUAUAAAUUACCCAACAUACUCCAAAACGCUGGGUAAUGAUAAUGUUACAGAGAAUAGCAGAGAAAUAUCUUACGUGGCGUUAUAUUAGUGGACGUUCACGGAGUUCUCGUUGGGCAUAUAUUCUCUCCUUCCUUUCCUUUUUUUUGGUUUAAGGAUAAACGAGUCUUCCUGGUGCCACGUCACCUUUUCUUCUUCUACUUCGUCUCCUUCACUAAUGAUUCAAUCGCUUCUCUUCACUUUCUCACCAAACUAAAAUCGUGAA